AUGUAGAAAUUCAAAGUAAGAAUUCAAUUUUUAUUGAAUUAUUAGAUGAUUGGGUUAAUGUUAAGCCAAAAGAAAGAUAUUUAUUCCUAAAAGUAGGAAAAAAAAGAGUCGAAGAUAACAAAAAAUGAAGUAGAUUAAUUCUCUAAUAUAAAUUUAACACUAUAUACUAAUGUUGAAAUUCUUCAAAAGACUUUGAUAUAUAAAAAAGAAUCAGAGUCAUUAACAUCACAUUUUUUUGCUCAAGAAAUAAGAAUUAAGGGAGAUGAUUGUUAAGAAGUAAUAGCCCAAAAAUAAAAAGUUACUUGUUCAAAAAAAAUGUGA